CAACGGCGAGGAUUGCUGCCCCCCCUUCUUCCCCGUCCGCUUGCCCGGAUCACCGACCCAGCUCCGCUCCGCUGUUCAUCCCCACCUCCUCCUCGCCGUCGUCCCCUUCCCCUCGCUUCGUCUCCACUUCUCACGCUCACGCACACGGCCAUGAACCCUACUAUGCCUCCGCCCCCGCCCCGAAACCCUAACCCCUCCUCCUCCUCCAUGCCGCCUCCGCCGCCCCCCAAACCCUCACCGCCCGUCCCGUCGGCGCAGCCGGAGGCUGAGGACGAGCCGAGGCCUGAUGCCUCGAUGGACGAGGCGGACGGGAGUGCUAAACUGAGCUUCUCCUCCUCUAUGCCGCCUCCACCGCCACCAAGACCCUCGCCGCAGCCCGAGGCGGAGGCAGCGUCGGAGUCUGAAUCGUCGGCCGACGGGAGCGCUAACCCCAGCCAUAGCGACUCGUCGGCAGGGGAGGAAAGGAACCCCGGUGGCGACACCGAGAUGGCCGAGGCGGCGCCGCCAGAGCAGCGGCAGCAGCCGCGGCCGCGCGUACCAUACGCCAUCCCCGACUGGAGCGCCGCCCCGGAACACCCCUUCUUCCUCGAGGUGCUCAAGGAAGGCCUCAUCCACGAGAACCUUGACGUGUCCAAGAAAGGAGCUUACAUGUUUGGCCGAAUUGAUCUGUGCGAUUUCGUGCUGGAGCAUCCCACCAUUUCCCGUUUUCAUGCAGUUCUGCAGUUUAGAAAUGACGGGCAGGUUUUCCUUUACGAUCUUGGAAGCACACAUGGUUCUUCCAUCAACAAAACUCAGGUCAAGAAGAAGAUGUACACACCGAUUCAUGUUGGAGAUGUAAUUCGAUUUGGGCAAUCAUCACGUUUGUACAUUUUUCAAGGACCAUCUGAGCUAAUGCCUCCAGAAAAGGAUAUGCAGAAACUCCGUGAUGCUAAGAUUCGGCAAAAUAUGCUUGAUCGUGAAGCUUCCCUUUUACGAGCGAAAACUCAAGCAGUUUUAGCAGAUGGGAUCUCAUGGGGUAUGUCUGAGGAUGCACCUGAAGAAGACGGGGAGGAUGAGGCAGAUGAGAUCACGUGGCAAACCUACAAAGGUCAGCUUACGGACAGACAGGAAAAGACACGCAGCAAAUUAAUAAAGCGAAUGGAAAAGGUUGCCAACAUGAAGAAAGAGAUCGAUGCAAUACGAGUCAAGGACAUUUCUCAAGGUGGGUUAACCCAAGGUCAGCAAACACAGAUUGCACGAAAUGAGCAAAGGAUAUCUCAGAUCAUGGAGGAGCUAGAAAAUCUAGAAGAAACAUUAAAUGACAGUAUACAAGAAAGUCUUGGUGCACGUGCUGGAAAACCAAAACGUGGUAGCCAUAAAGCAAGUCUCGAGGAAGAAGAUGACGUUAUUAGUGACGACGAUGAAUUUUUUGACCGGACAAAGAAGAAAUCAUCUAAUCCUCAAUCUAGCGGGCAACAAUCAGUUGAGACUGCUGAUAGUCUCCUUGAUAAAAAGGAUUUCAUCAACAAUGAUAUUGAAGGUAAAAAGAAGUUGCUUGAAGAAGAGAAGAUUAAGCUGGCUCAGAGAGAUAAUGCAGAUCUUGGGGAUGACCUUGAUGCUUACAUGAGUGGAUUGUCAUCUCAAUUAGUACACGAUAAUAUUGCCACAAUUCAAAAGGAGCUUUCUGAUCUUCAAGCUGAACUGGACAAAGUAGUUUACCUACUGAAGGUAGCUGAUCCUAUGGGAGAAGCAGCUCGCAAGAGGGAUUUAAAGCCAAGAGAAGGAAACCCUCAAGCAUCUAAUGAUAAUCCUAGACCAGAAUCCAAAAAACAGGACAAAAUUGCCCAAGACAAAACCUCAACGGAGGAGAACUUGAAGGAUUCUUUUUCUACCAAAACAGAAGCGGAUAAACCUGCUGAGGUAGAAACAGAUGUCCCCCCAAACCAAGAAAAUGCCAGCAAACCUGCAUUCACCAUACCAAAACCUCAGUGGCUUGGCGACAAGAGAAUCAUAGAACCUGAAGAAAAUUGUAUAAAAGAAGGAAACACGAAUGCUGAGGAGCCUGAUGAUUUUGUGGACUACAAAGAUCGGAAAACUAUUCUUUCUAAUUCAGCCAAUGAAAAGGAUAUUGAAGGGGCUGCUCCUGGGCUUAUCUUACGGAAGAGAAAGUCUGCUGAUCAGUCAGCUGGCGUUGAAGCAGAAUCUUCUUCGGUUGAAUCCGAAGCAUCAGCAGCUGAUGCGGUGGCCCUUCUGCUGAAGCACACACGUGGUUUACAACCUGCAGAAGACAUUGAGAACAAGAAUGAACCACAGACUAGCAAGAGAAAAGGGAAAAAGUCGAAACAAAAACGUGUACUGGGUCCUGCAAGACCAGAUUUUCUUGAAGCUGGUCCAGAUCAUGAAACAUGGGUGCCACCUCAAGGUCAAACUGGUGAUGGGCGCACUUCAUUGAAUGAUCGUUUGGGUUAUUGACGUUUUCUCAUCCUAGACUUCACCUGUCACAUCACAAAGAGAAACAUAGUAGUGAUCACCUGUGCUACUGUAAUUGGAUUGUGAAAACGUGUUCAGAAUCAUCAGAUGGUAUCAAGCCUCUUGGGUAGGUGCUUGCGGUAUACUGGGACGACACUGGAGUAGAGGCUGACUGACUUAGAUUGUCAAAUUGUGGUUACUGAUCAGAGCAUCAAAGGCACAUAGACGACAAUCAUUUUGUUGAGCUUUCAGGACUUUUGUUUGUCGUCACUAGGAUUGGUCACUAGGAUUGUAGAAGAGAAUGUAUAUCACCCUGUCAAGGUUUCAGAAAUGGAUGAGGGUGUUGUAAGGUUUUGCUGCUUCUCCGGUAGCAGCCUUUGUCUUGCAGUGUGGAUUAAUCCUGAACUUUUGUACUUUCUCGGUUAAGCAAAAAAGGUCACGCGUUAAAAGGAA